ACACACCCAGGGGCGGACUGACCAUUUGGAAACUCGGCACUGCCCGAGGGCUGGGGUCAGUAGGGGGCCCCAUGAGAUGCCCCUGGUACCUUUUUCAUAGGCUUUUUUUGAGUUUGGGCAAGGACACAGGGCCCCAUGAUACCCUAUUGCCCGGGGGCCCCAUGAGUUGUCAGUCCGCCCCUGCACACACCUUACCCAGCCAUGUAUCUAAGGCCACAUCCCCAGUGCAUUUCCACUGCCUCAGCUCAGUCCAUCAAGGC